CGACGCUUCGCCGCCUCCAAUCCACCCUUGCUCGCACCGCGGCCGCCGUCGCAGCGUUUGAUGUCAAGAAGGCUCCUGCCCCGCAUCACCCCGCUCCCGCGCCGCCACCGCCGCCGCAGCAGCAGCCACGACCCGAACCACCCACCGAUCACCCCCGCCCUCGCGGCCUCGCUCGCGCACGCCCUCGCCACCCGCUCCUCCAACCCCACCUGGUCCCGCUCCCUCGCCGCGCUCCUCCCCUCCCCGCUCUCCGACGCCCGCCUCGCCGCCGCCGUCUCCUCCCUCCCCAACCCCUGCCUCGCCCUCGCGCUCGUCUCCUGGUACCAGACCCACCACCAUGACGCUCCGACGACCCCUCUCGCCCACUCCGCGCUGCUCCGCCUCCUCGCCCGCUCCCGCCGCUUUGACGCCGCGGAGGCCACGCUCCAGUCCAUGUCCCUCGGGGGCGCCGCCGCCGCGCCCACGCGCGCCUGCCUCGGCGAGCUCGCCGCCGCCUACGCCGAUGCCGGGAUGGACGGGAAGGCCGCCGAGAUGUGCGAGCGCGCCAGGGAGCUGUACGGCAAGCUCCCUGAGGUGAGCCACUGCAACCGCCUGCUCAGGCUUCUCGUGGAGCGCCGCCGCUGGGCGGACGCCCACAAGCUAUAUGACGAAAUGCUUGCCGACGAGGACGGCGCGGAUAAUUACAGUACGUGCGUGCUAGUCCGAGGGUUGUGCUUGGAAGGGCGGGUGGAGGAGGGGAGGGAGCUGAUUGAGGCGAGGUGGGGAGAAGGGUGCAUUCCACAUGUUGUGUUCUACAAUGUAUUGAUCGAUGGGUAUUGCCGGCGCGGGGACAUUGGGAGGGGAUUGUUGCUGUUGGGUGAUAUGGACAUGAAGGGAUUCUUGCCAACCGUGGUGACAUAUGGAACACUUAUUAACUGGCUCGGGAGGAAAGGUGAUUUGGGGAAGAUUGGGAGUUUACUUUGGGAGAUGAGGGUGAGAGGAUUGUUCCCAAAUGUGCAGAUUUAUAACACUGUGAUUGAUGCUUUGUGCAAAUGGCAGUCAGCAUCACAGGCAAUGGUUGUUCUGAAGCAAAUGUUUGCAAGUGGGUGUGACCCGGAUAUCAUCACGUUUAAUACUUGGAUAUCAGCGUUUUGUCAGGAAGGGCAUGCUCGAGAGGCUGAGCAUCUUUUGAGGGAAGCCAUUAGGAGGGAGUUGAAACCAAAUCAAUUAAGCUAUACUCCUUUGAUUCAUGGUUUCUGCAUCAGAGGAGAAGUGAUGGUUGCGUCGGAUUUGCUUAUGGAAAUGAUCGAAAGAGGGCAUGCUCCUGACGUGGUUACAUUUGGAGCGUUAAUUCAUGGCCUUGUUGUUGCUGGGAAGGUCAGUGAUGCCUUGAUUGUCAGGGAUAAGAUGAUAGAGAGGCAGGUGAUGCCUGAUGUUAACAUAUAUAAUGUAUUGAUUAGUGGUCUAUGCAAGAAACAGAUGCUUCCUGCAGCUAAGAACCUUCUUGCAGAAAUGCUUGAGCAAAAUGUGCAGCCUGAUCAAUUUGUGUAUACCACUUUAAUUGAUGGUUUCAUUAGGAGUGAGAAUCUCAGUGACGCAAGGAAAAUAUUUGAAUUCAUGGAACAAGAAGGUACCUGCCCAGAUGUUGUUGGCCACAAUGCUAUGAUAAAAGGAUACUGUCAGUUUGGAAUGAUGAAUGAAGCAAUUCUAUGCAUGAGCAGCAUGAGAAAGGUUGGGUGCAUCCCAGAUGAGUUUACAUAUACUACGAUUAUCGAUGGCUACGCUAAACAAGGUAAUAUAAGUGCAUCUCUAAGGUUAUUAUGCGAUAUGAUGAAGCGGGUAUGCAAACCAAAUGUUGUUACAUACUCGUCAUUAAUAAGUGGAUACUGCAAGAUAGGUGAUACAGACACUGCAGAAGAUAUAUUGGCAAAUAUGCAAUCUGAAGGUCUGUGUCCUAAUGUUAUACACUAUACAAUUCUAAUUGGUAGUCUGUUUAAGAAAGAUAAAGUAAUGAAAGCUGUUGCAUACUUUGAACAAAUGCUGCUUAACCGUUGUUCUCCUAAUGAUGUUACGUCGCAUUAUUUAGUUAAUGGGCUCACAAACAGUAUGCACUGUAUCAUCAACUCAAACUGCAGUAGUACUAUUAAGGUGCAUGACAAGAAUGUUCUUUUAGAUGUAUUCAAGGGAUUGGUUUUUGAUGGAUGGGACCCAAGGAUUUCAGCAUACAAUGCUAUUGUCUUCAGUCUGUGUAGACAUGAUAUGCUUGGGAAGGCACUGGACUUGAAAGAUAAGAUGGUUAACAAAGGCUACUCGCCAGACCCUAUAACCUUCCUUUCACUCCUUUAUGGCUUUUGUUCUGUUGGAAAACAAAGGAACUGGAGGAGCGUCCUUCCUAAUGAAUUUCAGAAGGAUGAAUUCAAGAUAAUCUUUAGGUACAAGACGCUAUUCGAUCAACAUGUAGUUAAGUCAGUUAGCUGCGAAGUAUCUAGGGUUUUACAGUUAUAUGCUGACGAGAUUCAGUCCAUACAACAUCCAGAGCAGAGAUUUUCUGGUUCUUGACUCACAGAAUCAUGGUUUGCCUGGCUUUUGGAAACAAGGUGUAGUUGUUAUUUGGAUUUUGACUUCAGCAACUGGAUACUGAGCAGAACAGCAUGAUCUAUUCUUUGUUGCUAAAAGAGAAUUUCCUCCAGCACUGAAUUUCAAGAUUGGCAGUGCUAUUAGCAAGACAAUAUAUUCCAGUAGAGAUCUUCCUUGAAGGCAAAGGCUGUUGCAUAAAGUUCAAAGGACCGCCAGAUGGUGCCUCAUAGUUUAGAUAAGUGACCAUUUGAGUCGCACUCUAAACUUCUGGCAUGUCACAUCAUUUUUUUUGGAUGGACAGGUAAAAUGUGUGGAUAUUUAACCAGCCUUCCAGACCAACUCUUGAACUUAAGCAUGGAUAAAUAGUUUGAUAUACCCUUUCUAUUUGUGUGCAUAUAGUAAAUAGUUUUAAGUUGGGGGCCUGGGGCUAUUACCGUGAUCACAUACUAUGCAACCCUUCAUUUUCUGAGAUACACUAUAUACAGUAUAAGCUAUUAACCUUUUACCAUCCUAUUCACAUUGUCCUAAUUGCCUAAUGUCUUCCAGCAUUUGUUAUUAUCUGUAAUUCAUCAAUUCUGCUUUCUGUGGAUAGCAAUAUUGUAGAUUGCUUCUCACCCACCAUCCCAUCAGCAUUGUUGUAGAGGAACGGCACAUAUGUGAAUAAAUAUGAGAUUUGGAGAUAUAUGAGGAAGGAGAUUGUGACAUUUUUUUUUUACCGUGACUAUUGUUAAUAUUUUCUGCAUGUCUUAGUUUCUCAAUAGUGGUUCCUUAUCAAUUAAAAUCCUAUGAUUUUUUCUCCUAUAGUUGGUCAUUGCCCUAUUGCUAAAUUCAUUUCUCAAGGUAAACCGUUUUCAUUUUUUUAAAAAAAAAUAUUUCCAUCUGUUCCAUAAUGACACAGGCAUUGAAAUGUAAAACCACAGAAUGAUCAAUCGCUAGGGAAUUAUGGUUGCAACUGCUAAAGCUCAUGAACAUUGAAAUGCCUUGAUGAACCAAAUCCAAGCAACUCUACACUGCUCUUGGUAAGCAAGGCGUGCUGCUUGCUCAUAUCACUCAUAACUACUAGGUACGCAGGACAGUUGAUACUUUUUUCUCCUGUAGGACAUUAGACUAAACAUAAUUUGUAUGUGCAGAUACUUGCUUUUUUUUAGAUCAUGUGCGGAUACUUGUGUACAUAGUUGCUGACCAUACUGAGUUACUGACCGUAUGACUCAUUAUUACGAGAGGAGCUAUGACAAAUAGUUCAACCCUGU